AAGCAAAAACACUUUAUCAGCUGUGCUACGUAAUGUUGUGCUUGAACGAAAACAAUUUUGUACAAAAAAACUUGUUUGUUUCGAAAGUAAAAUUCCACAUACCAAAUUACCAACAUGGCUUCGAGACUACUGUCCCGGCGUUAUUUCAUCAUCUCUGGAAAAGAUUUGAAAUCUUAUGCCAAAGCUCUGCAUCAGCCUCAUGGGAAACAUUUUUCAUCCCAAGGAAGUGGUGAUAAACGCCAUCCACAUGCAAUUGUACUUCUAGAUGAAAAUGCUGAUGGUACAACAGUGUGGCCAGAUCCAAGUUUAGGAUUACUAGGUCCAAAAGAUUUGAGAAUGCCCUUGCCUGGUAAUGUUGGAUUUUCUCAUCGUAUUUCUCCUUCUGUAUCACCAGCUACUGUCCAAAGCAUAAAAAAGACAUGGCAGGAUACAGAACUGUUUUCCACAUUAACUAAUUACGAGAGGCAGUAUCAGGUUGUAAAACAGUCAGCUCAAGAAGAUCUUGAUGAACUUAAUUCAAGAGAAAUAGAAGAACUUUUAUUGAGACUGCGAUGCCUAGUCGUUGUUUCCCAAAAAGUGAAAACCCCCAAAUCUGGCUUUUUUGAGUUUGGACUUGUUGUUAAAAAUAGACUGGUUCGUGUCCAGAUUCAAAAGUAUAUUUAGAUACCAAGAUAAUUG